AAUUUUAAAUAUUAUUAACAACAUUUUAAAAAUGUCGGAUGAUGAUGACGUUGAGAUAGUGGAGGUAUCAAACGAUGUUUUUAAUGUUGCAGAAAAAUUGAAAAACCAACUAAAAGAUGCUCGUUUUCAAUAUGAUAAAUUAAAAGUCGGAAAUUGUCCUAAACAUGAUCAUUGUAUUAUUCUGGAUCCUAUACUUACAAAUCAACGACCUAUUAACAGAUAUUGUCAUUCGGAAGAGGAAUUGAGGAAUAUUACACCAUUACCUGAUAAUGGGGAGAAACAAAGAGUAACUUUACUUUUUGAUGAGUUAAUUAAACUUUGGGAAAUAUUAAUUGUCAAUUUAAAAGAAGAAUUACAGGAAAAUUCUGCAAAAACAUUGACAAAAUUAAUAGAACAAAUCAAAUUGGAAAUAAUUCAAGAAUCUAAAAACAUUUGCAGAGCACCUAUUGCUUCUAAAUUUAUUGUAAUAAUAUUGAAUAAUAUUUCGAUAUUUGAUGAAUCAUUUCUGAAUGAGCUUUUUACAAUUUGGGAACCUAGGAUUUCAGAAAUAUUAAAUAAUUCCAAGAAAUUUCCUAUUGAAAAAAGGACGCUAUAUGAUAUUGAAUUUUAUUUUGGAAAGUUUCUUCUUAAGAAAUUGAAUUUAACCUCAGGCGAAUCUCUAGAUACUAAGAUAUUAGAAAAAUCAUUAAUCGAAAAUUACAACGAAUUGAAAUGUUAUACUGAAGAUCUCAUAAAAUAG